AAAACUAGGUGAGGCAAGUGAACACUCGACCACCCAUUGCUCAACGCAGUUCGCUCACGACACCGGAAUGAUACGAUAGCACUCGUGGCUCUACUCCCCCGCACUUGUUCUCUCAUUUUUCCCUGGCCGAUUCAACCCCCAUCUCUUCGGCCAUGGCCUCGACUCUCGCCGCAGACAAGGCCGCCGCAACCGCCCUGAAGCUCAAGGGCAACCAGGCCUUUGCGCAACAUGACUGGCCCUCCGCGAUUGAUUAUUACACCAAGGCAAUAGAAAAGUACGAUGCAGACCCGUCGUUCUACUGCAAUCGGGCCCAGGCGAACAUCAAGCUUGAGGCUUACGGCUAUGCCAUCGCUGACGCAACCAAGGCAAUUGAACUCGACAAAGACUACAUCAAGGCAUACUGGAGACGAGCGAUUGCGAACACUGCCAUUCUAAAUUCUCAAGAUGCUCUCCGAGACUUCAAGGCGGUUUGUCGAAAGGAGCCCAACAACAAGGAGGCAAAAGCCAAACUGGUAGAGUGCGAGAAGUUGGUGAAGAAGAUACAAUUCUUGAAAGCGAUCGAAGUCGAAGAACCUCCCUCAGCAUUCGAAGGCCUUGACCUGGACUCGAUAGAGGUGGACGAGAAAUACGACGGUGUAAGAUUAGGGAACGAAAUGACACAGGAGUUCAUCGACGACAUGAUAGAGCGGUUCAAGAACGGCAAGAAGAUCCACAAGAAAUACGUGUUUCAGAUUAUCAAGGCUGUGAGAGAUAUCGUGUAUGACGAGCCGACCAUGGUUGAUAUGGAGGUGGCGCCCGACACCAACCUCACGGUCUGCGGAGAUACCCACGGCCAGUUCUUCGACUUGCUGGAGAUCUUCCGACUCAAUGGCUUCCCGACGGACAAGCACGCAUACCUGUUCAACGGCGACUUCGUGGAUCGAGGAUCAUGGUCGACGGAAAUUGCCUUACUGCUCUACGCCUACAAGUGGCUACGGCCGAACGCCUUCUUCCUGAACCGGGGCAACCACGAGACGGACGACAUGAACCGAGUGUAUGGGUUCGAAGGCGAAUGCAAGGCCAAGUACAACGAGAAGACAUUCAAGCUCUUCUCCGAGUCAUUUUCAGCACUGCCAUUGGCAACCUUGAUCGGGAAGAAAUACCUGACACUCCAUGGUGGGUUGUUUUCGGACGAUAAGGUUACGCUAGACGACAUCCGCAAACUCGAUCGCCACGUGCAGCGGCAGCCCGGGCAGUCUGGGCUCAUGAUGGAGAUGCUCUGGACUGAUCCUCAGCCUCAAAAUGGCAGAGGCCCUAGCAAGCGUGGGGUGGGACUGCAGUUUGGCCCCGAUGUGACGAAGAAAUUCUGUGAAAACAACAACCUCGAGGCCGUCAUUCGAAGCCACGAGGUGCGGAUGGAUGGAUACGAGGUUGAGCAUGAUGGAAAGUGCAUCACUGUCUUUUCGGCGCCCAAAUACUGUGACACGACGGAGAACAAGGGAGCAUACAUCAACAUUGGGCCGGACAUGAAGUUAGAGUAUCACCAGUUUGAGGCUGUACCUCAUCCUGACAUCAAGCCUAUGGCGUAUGCAGCGAGCUCGUUGAUGUCCAUGAUGUAGGCCAUGUUUCUCGGGUCGGUCGUAUAUGCAUAUCCUGAAACGGAGAAAGAGCUAAGGUAUGGGGGGGAUCUACUGUAGACACCAGGAUACUGUGGUCCAUGUGUCACUGCUCAUGUAUGUGUACCAGUAUGAGGCUUGAACAGCGUGAUCGAAAUUCAUAGCGGGGGGCGCUGGAUAUCGGGAUGUCGAUACUGCUCAAAGUCGAGUUUGUUGGGUUGUUUUUCUGUUACAAUAGGAUCCAGGUAUCUGGGUAGGCAUGAACAUGGCACCCUGAGCACCAGCGCCAUGGCGUUUGUGUUGGAUUGCGAUUGCUUGCGACUUGACUUGGCAUUCCGGUGUUCUGGUGGUUCAUGAGAAACGUGGCUGAGUUGCUGCACUCGUAGGCGUCGGUCAAGCAAGUUAGGCUGGCUGGCUUAACCAAAAGCAAAGUUCGGAUGUACCGAACAGGCAACUCUAGCUCCUCGCAAGACAUAUCGCAACUCGCAAAGCCCCCCG